AUGCGUCUCUCGCCAGCAUGUCUCCAGUCGACAUCGUCCUGGCUGCAUUCACUGAAAGUCGCCCAGCUCCAGAAAAUCGCCCACACAACGGGCAUCCGAUCAUCUGGUCCCAAAGCCGCGCUGAUCCAGCGACUGCAUGCCGAAUUGACAUGCAACGUCCAACCCGACUCCCCUGGUCGGGGGAUGAGCAUUCUUAGUAUUGAUAUGGGGAUUCGAAAUCUGGCAUUUGCGCAUCUUCUUGUCCCGAGAGGUGACCCUACGAAUGUAGACAACCUACCUCCAAUCCCAAUCUUGAAUGCUUGGCAGAGACUCUCCGUAUCUAGUCUCCCCCUGGACGACCCUCUCUCGUCUUCAACUGAGGAGAAAGGUAUCCAAACAGGACCAGACACAGAAACAGAAACAGGGAUAGAUACAGGGAACGAGCCAGAAACAGAAAGAAAAGAAGACUUCUCCCCUUCUGUAUAUGCCCCGCACGCCUACUUCCUGCUUACCACGCUGCUAUCGACCUAUCGACCGACGCACGUGCUGAUCGAGCGGCAACGGUUCCGCUCAGGAGGCGCCAGCGCCGUCCAGGAGUGGACGUUACGCGUGGGUGUGUUCGAGGGCAUGUUGUAUGCGGUUUUGUGUACUUUAGCGCGUGAACGAGGUGGUGUUUUUGCCCCUGUUGUGGUGGGGGUCGAGCCGAGGAGGGUGUUGAGGUUUUGGAGUUCUUCUUUUCCCUCUUCUUCUUCUUCCUCCUCUAAUUCGUCUUUGUCUUCGUCUUUAUCUCAGGAACAGAUGGAAGAGGAUCAAGAAGCUGGGAAGAAGAAGAAAAAGACGGUUAGUUCGCGGGAUGGAAAAAAAUUGAAGAUUAAUCUGGUGGGCCGGUGGUUGACCUCUUCCUCUUCCUCAGAAAUCGUCGAUGGUAACGAUACGAGAAGGGUAGGGAGUAAGAUCCAGAUUGGGAAUGAUCCCGACCUUCGACGGUGGGUCGAAGCGUAUCUGGCACAGUGGCUCGGUCAGGGGCAGGGGAAGAAAAGGUCCAAUUCGCCGUCGAGAACGAGGACCCAGAUGGAUCCAUCAGUUGAGAUUGGCAAGUUGGAUGACCUGGCGGAUUGUUUGGUUCAAGGCGUGACCUGGUUGGAUUGGCUAGUCAUGAGGGAUCGCGUGUCGAGAGGUGUGGGCGCCGUGAUGGUGUGA